ACACAUUCUGGUAAAAGUCGUCUGUAGUAGUCUGACAGACAGAGUCCUUGAGGAAAUUCUGGACAUUCUUCAGCUUCGUCAUGGCUGGACACCUACUGUUACUCGUCCUCAUGUAUUCAUUUUCUUUAAUCAAAGCACAAGCUCUUCUUCCACCUAAGCUGACAGUGAAUCCACCGGUGAUCACAGAGACAGACUCAGUCACAUUGAACUGUCAGACUCCAUCAUCUGUUUCUGUAUCUCAUUGUCAUUUCAACACUGUGAGAGGAGGAAGUGUCAGAGCCUCCUCCUGUCUGAAGACACUGACAGGAACUGAGCUGCUGAACAUGGCACAUCAGAGUUCACCUGCUGUGGUAGAAGUGACAUGUUACUACACUGUAAAUGGAGAGUUCAGUUCUACAUCUCCACACAGUCACAUAUCCUACAUCGUCAUAAACAAGGGGAUGAUACAGAUGAUUGGAGCAGGUGUGACUCUGGGUGUCCUGGUGCUUGGAUUGGUUCUUCUCUUUAAUCAAAGCAGGUUUGAAAAAUGCGUUUCCCAGAGAUCAAAAUCCAACAUCACUGGUAAAUCAAAAUCUAUGCAAUAUGACAAUGACAGGAAAUAUAUGGCUGCUUAUGAUGAAACCUACAGUAUUGUCACUUAUGACUGCAACAUUGGUGACAGGGAAUAUACGGCUGAUUAUGAUGAAGUCUAUAGUAUCAUCACCUAUGAAUGCUGGUGAGCUGAUUUUCUUUUUCUAAAUGUAGCAUAAUGUUCUUCAACAGGUUGUCUAAUGAAUCACUUUCUUGUCAUGACCGCUGUGAUAAAAAAAAGUUCAGAGUUACAUCAGUUACAUCAUAGUUACCCUGAAAGUUAUAGAGAUUAAAAACAAAAAACAAUGUGGAUAAUGAGA